CUCCCGUGCAACUCCCACCGCCGGUGCUCGGCUGGAUAACCGCGAGCGGGCCGGGCAAGGAGUCGGCGGAGGUCUCGGCGGAGCGGAUCCCUGCUUUCUGCCCGUCCGGGAGCCGGGAGGCUUUGACGCUCCGUAGCUGGAGAGAAGAGGCGAGGAAGAGGCAUGAAAGUUCAGUGAUUGAUGUAACCGGUCCACUCGGAGGAGGCAGGAUGGGACCCAGGAUGCUUUGCUUUUUCGUGUUAGUCUCCAUGGGGGCAUCAGAGUUGGAAGAACACUUUGAUCCAGCCAAGUGUCGGUAUGCACUCGGCAUGCAGGAUCGUACCAUUCCAGAUGAAGCUCUCUCGGCAUCAAGCUCCUGGUCUGAUUCAACCGAUGCAAAACACAGCAGGUUGGCACUGAGUGAGGGCGAUGGAGCUUGGUGCCCUGCAGGACCUGUCUUCCCCAAUGAUGCAGAGUACCUGGAGAUAGACCUGCACCGGCUGCAUUUCCUAACCUUAGUGGGGACGCAGGGUCGCCAUGCAAGCGGCCACGGCAAGGAGUUUGCUCGGGCAUAUCGGCUCCAUUACAAGCGCGAUGGGCACCACUGGAUGCCUUGGCAUGACCGGUGGGGCAAUGAGGUGAUUUCAGGGAAUGAAAAUACCGAUGAUGUGGUGUUGAAGGAUCUGGGGCCUCCCAUCAUUGCCCGGUACGUCCGCUUCUACCCCCGUGCAGACCGUGUCAUGAGCGUCUGCUUGCGAGUGGAGCUAUACGGCUGUGUCUGGAAAGACGGCCUUCAAUCCUAUACGGCCCCUUUAGGCCAGAUCAUGCCUUUGGUCCCGGAGCCGGUCUACCUGAAUGACUCUACAUACGAUGGGCCCAGUGUCAGCAAGUUACUCUUCGGGGGCCUUGGCCAGUUGGCGGAUGGGGUGGUAGGACUGGAUGACUUCACCCAAACCAAAGAGCUGCGUGUUUGGCCCGGGUAUGACUACGUGGGCUGGAGCAAAAGCUCUUUUCCUGAUGGCUUCGUCAAGAUGGAGUUUGAGUUUGACCAAGUCAGAUCCUUCACGUAUAUGAAGGUUCACUGCAACAAUAUGCACACACAUGAUGUGAGUGUCUUCCGGCAGGUGGACUGCCUCUUCAAACACAGCCUAGCCACAGCUUGGGAGCCUGUACCUGUCUCUCAACAGUUUGCGGUGGAUGUAAGGGACCCCAGUGCCCGCUCCCUCACUGUGCCCCUGCAGGGACGAAUCGGCCUCUUUGUCCAGUGCCAUUUCCAUUUUGCUGGCGAGUGGAUGCUCUUCAGUGAAGUUGCCUUUCUCUCAAAUAUUGUGGAUGACCCUUCUCUUGCUGUUUCAAGUCACUAUCCAGCAGUGGUGGCCCCACCUCGCCCUUCAGGCCGCAACGUUCCCAUCUCUCCAGCUCUUGGUUCUGCGCUCAACGAGAAAGCUGAUGUCACUUCGAACCUCACCCAGGCAGGCCUUGAGGGCGAAGGAGAAGCGAAAUCUGGCCAGCCAAUUGCCAAGGAUGACAACAGCAACACCUCCAUCUUGAUUGGCUGCUUGGUGGCCAUCAUCCUACUUCUCCUGGUUGUCAUAUUUCUCAUUCUCUGGCGUCAAUAUUGGCAAAAGAUUUUAGGAAAGGCUCAACGCCGCAUCUCUGACGAUGACCUCACUGUCCACCUCUCUGCCCCGAAUGAUACUAUUGUCAUCAACAACACAAUGGGCUCCAACCGGCACUCCAACCGAUACGAACGCAUCCUUUCGGGUGAAACAGAAUACCAGGAACCCAACAGGGCACGCAUGAAACUCCCAGAUCUUCCUCACAGUGCCGAGAAUUCUGCUCUGCUGCUCAGCAACCCGGCUUACCAUCUCCUCCUGGCCACCUAUGCCCAGCCAAUGGGAAGGCCUGCUUUCCCGCCACCCAACCAGGUUAAGCCAAUCAACACUAAUGCAUGUGGGAUUGACUAUAUGGAACCAGAAAUGGCAGCCGGCCAGCCAGGCUUCCAGAACAAUGUGCCGCAUUAUGCCGAAGCCGACAUCAUCAACUUGCAGGGAGUGACUGGGGGAAACACGUAUGCUGUCCCUGCUGUUGCAGUGGAUGCCCUUGCUGGCAAGGACAUGGCAGUAGGCGAAUUUCCCCGGGAACGACUGAUCUUCAAGGAGAAGCUGGGUGAAGGACAGUUUGGAGAAGUCCACUUGUGUGAGGUGGAGAACCCUCAAGAUCUGCCAAGCUUAGAGUUCCCUUUCAAUGUGCGCAAAGGCCGCCCUCUGCUGGUGGCUGUGAAGAUUUUACGCUCUGAUGCCACGAAGAAUGCCAGGAAUGAUUUCCUGAAGGAGGUGAAGAUCAUGUCUCGCCUGAAGGACCCUAACAUUGUGAGGUUGCUGGGUGUGUGUGUGCGAGAUGAUCCCCUGUGUAUGAUCACAGAAUACAUGGAGAAUGGUGACCUCAACCAAUUCCUGAGUGGACAUGAGCUGGAAGACAAGCUGGGUGGUAGCCCCGGUGGGAAACCAACCAUCAGCUAUCCCACUCUGGUCCAUUUAGGGGCUCAAAUAGCCUCAGGGAUGGCUUUUCUUGCCUCCCUCAAUUUUGUGCACCGGGACCUGGCGACCCGAAACUGCCUGGUGGGCGAAGGCUUCACCAUCAAGAUUGCAGACUUCGGCAUGAGCCGGAACCUCUAUGCUGGGGAUUACUACCGCAUCCAGGGCCGAGCAGUGCUUCCGAUCCGCUGGAUGGCCUGGGAGUGCAUUCUCAUGGGUAAGUUCACGACCGCCAGUGACGUCUGGGCAUUUGGGGUGACCCUGUGGGAGAUCCUCAUGCUGUGCCAGGAGCAGCCUUACAGCCAACUCACGGAUGAAGCGGUCAUUGAGAACGCCGGCGAGUUUUUUCGGCAUCAGGGCAAACAGGUCUAUCUUUCCCGUCCUCCUGCCUGCCCCUUGGCUGUCUAUGAGAUGAUGCUGAGAUGCUGGGCACGAGAAGCCAAGGACCGUCCAUCGUUCCAACACCUGCACUGCUUCUUGGCUGAAGAUGCCCUCAAUAUGGUGUGAACCAGUCUAGCACUGGCUAUCAGAGGCUGUGUUAAGAAGUUGGGCAGCACCAUAGAGACUGCUGGGGACAGGGUGUGGCUCAGGGGAUAUCAUGCUCUAUAGUAUCUCUGGGGGAUAUCUGGUUGUUCACCCUGGCCCAGCCUUUGCCCAUCCAUGUCUCACCUCAAACAUGUGGUUCUCUUUCUCCCCUCAUUUUCUUUUGCCUAGUCAUCUCUAACUAACUUAUUCCAUCUCAGGAUCCAAAAUUAUUGUUCUGAGAUCCUUACCAAACAGUCUGUUUUCCACUCUGUUAACCUAUAUUUCUCCUUGCCCUAAACCAGUCUGUUUCAGCUUUAAACCACCUUGGGGCCUUCCUGGUGGGUCUAGAAUGACAAUUCCCAAAGUUCCCAGCUAGUAUUUAUCAACGCAGAGUAAGCCACUGGGGGCCCUCCAUGUGUCUGGGCUGUCCCAAAUUCCAUGAAGAACCUUUGCAGCAAAGGGCAGUUGUAGUCCAAAACAUCUGGAGGACAUUAGAUUGUCUCUAGCCAGAGACCAUGUUGGCUAAAAAGACUUAGUUACAGACUCAACACAUCUGGGAGACACCCAGGCGAGGGAGCAGCUCUGUCUGAUCUACUCCUGCUCAUCCUACCUUAAUCUGAACAAAUAUUUCAUUACUUGUUCUUCUGAAUGUUUCUUCUCUUGCGUCAUUCUAGGUCUUCCUUCUGUCCUAUGAUCUCCAGGUUCUCAGGGUGAGCUGAGCCUCCCUAAGAAAGCAGGGUUAGUGGCGAGGUGAUUUCCUGAAGCUCUCUUUCUCCAAUCUCCUUCCUUCAGCAUCAAAACAGGCACAGUGUAAUGUUCUCAUUGCUGCCAUCGUGUCUUCCACAUCCAUUCAGUGCUAGCAGCUGUGUGUGUUGGUGUCAUGCAGUGGGCUGUGAACCUGAAAAAUCUCCUUCCCAAUUGCUCAUCAGACCCAUCACUGGGUAGCCCUAGACUUCAGCCCCUCAUUGGGAACUUGAGGAGAGGAUAUUAAUGCUGGCUUAUUAGCAGGGGUUCGUAAGGAUUGCUGCAGUAACGUACAUGCACUUUUUGAACCAUCAAGCUUAGUGCGACCUGUGCUUUGUGCCAUCUUGAAUAUUACCACUUUUUUAAAAUACCCUGCAAUUCUCACCUUUGGUACUCCAGAGUAAUUGUGGGGCAGCACUCUCCCCACCUCCCUCUAGCUUGCCAACUUAGAUCUGGGGGAUUUGAAUGCUCUUUAAUGGGAUCUUCACCAGACAACCACCCUGGAUUUAUACAUGAAGUUGGGGUGUUUGUUCCACCCACUGAGUUGAGAGCCCUUCCUUCCUUCCCUCCUUCCCUCCUUCCCUCCUUCCUUCCUUCCCUCCUUCCUUCCUUCCUUCCUUCCUUCCUUCCUUCCUUCCUUCCUUCCUUCCUUCCUUCCUUCCUUCCUUCCUUCCUUCUCUAACGUUUUUCCUGUAUGUGACUUCAAACUGAGCUGAACAAAUCUCUUUUCUGGUUAAGGGUUGGAUUCAUGCACAGCAGCCUGUGCAACGUGGCAUCCAAAGCUCUCUGUGCAGCUUACACAAAGAUGGUGGGUGCUGGUCUGGGGGCUUGGCUGGGAACAUGGGAGUUGCAGUCCGUCACAGCUGGGGGGGGGGGGCAUAAUGUUAGGGAAGGCUAGCCUGUACUGUGAUUCAGUAUCAUUAAGGGAGGGGGGAAGGUGAUGCGUACUGGAUUUUUUCCCCCUUGCAUGAGGAGGCUCACACUGUUAACCUUGGAGAACUCUGUAGGGUUCCACUGUCUGAGUCUGUUGUCUUUCUGCGAAGGUGUUUCUCUCUCCCUCUGUACUUCUCUGUGAAGGUCUGCAUGUGUCGAAGGGGAUCCUUUGGACCUUUGGCAGACUCCAUUUGUGGGGGCCGCGUUUCCGACUUUAGAUUCAUGGACUGACACUGGCAAAAUAACGAGGACCAUCUGGUCCAAGCACACUGGGAUUAAGUAAGCACUGGAUGUUUGGAGAAGCUGGAAGAAGGGGCUUCAAAGAUACUUCACAAAUCCAUGACUGGCCAGGAGAUAGCUGGUCCUGGCUGUUCUCAAGAGGUGGACAAGAAAAAGAGGCAGGAGCCAAGACUGGCCAGAUCUGAUGUGGCACCGACUGGACUUUGGGCUGGAUGUGAUCAUGGACUGAAAAGAACUGAUGCUGGUUCCUCAUAAGGGCUGGUUGCCAUUCCGCAUCUCAUGGAUCCGUCCCAGUUGAGGACUUGGCCCUGUUCUUCGUACACUUGUUUGUUUUCCUUUUCCUGGAGACUUGAGGUGACAUGAUUGUAGAUACUGUACUGUAUAAAAGUGUGGUGGGAAAGAUGCACUUUUCCAAAGUAAGCAGAAGAGUUGGGCAAUCAGUGUGUGUGUGUUGUUUUCUCCUGUGAUUCCAUGAUAGAGAUGCCACCAGAAAGUGUCCUGGAAGUUAGCCACGGCAUCUGCGCACGUGUCUACCUGUGAUCUGGGUUGGAUCACACCGGGCAACUUAGGAUAGGUAACCAAUGCAAUAAACUGCUGAGCCCAAUAUCUUGCUUGGUGGGAAAGAGAGGAAAAUAUACUUUCUUUUUAACCCCCAAAUGUUGUUUAAUGUCUUAAGCAAUAAAUAUAUUUUAUUAAGUAAUUCA